AUGACAAUAACAGAAGCCCCAGGUGGUUUAGUGGAAGGCUUUGUUCAUCCACAUUCACCUGCACCAGUUCAUCCUAUUUGGCAAUCAUUUGCUGAAUUCACAGCUGGUGCUGUCGGUGGCGUUGCAUGCGUCAUCACCGGGCAACCAUUCGACACAAUCAAAGUCAAAAUGCAAACUUUUCCUUCAUUGUAUACCUCAAGUAUUCAGUGUUGUCGAGUGAGCAUUAAAAAUGAACAAUUUAUCGGUCUUUACAGAGGCACCGUUCCAGCUCUCGCUGCUAACAUACUUGAAAACUCAAUAUUGUUUCUGUGUUAUGGUCUGUGUAAAAAGGCUGUUUGUCAGGUCAUGGGUCACCCACAUGAGGACCAUCUCACGGCGCUUGAAAACGCUACUGCCGGGGCAGGUGCAGGCUUUUUUUCUUCAUUAGGACUUUGUCCAACUGAACUUGUGAAGUGUCGAAUGCAAGCAAUGCACGAGGUCAUUGCAUCAGAAGGGAAAAAAACGACAGGCAGAUUUUCCACAUGGAGUGUUACUAAAGCGUUAAUAAGACAGGAUGGAUUUCAUGGCCUGUUUCAAGGAUUAACGAGUACAUGGGCGAGAGAAGUUCCUGGAUAUUUUUUUUUCUUUGGUGGUUAUGAAAUCAGUCGCAGUAUACUCAUCCCCAAGGGCAAUCCUAAUGCUGAAAUAAGUCCUUUAAGGUUAAUGAUUUGCGGUGGCUUUGCCGGUGCCUGUCUAUGGAGUGCAAUGUACCCGGUGGAUGUUGUAAAAUCACGCAUACAAGUGCAGUCAAUGGUAGGGAAAGUGCAGGGAUUUAUGCCAACGCUGAAAACAAUUAUACGAACUGAAGGUAUUGGAGCUUUGUACAAUGGUGUUGUACCGUGUGUACUGAGGUCGUUUCCUGCCAAUGGUGCGUUAUUUGUGGCCUAUGAAUGGACUCGUAAACAUUUAAUAUUAAUUCAACCUUCAAACUUCAUAUAUAGUUUUUAAAAUAGAAGAAUCUAUCUGAGGUAUAUGGUACAUGGACUGUGAUAUCCCAGCCAGACACCCUCUCUUUAACCGUGAUACCAAUGUCACUGCUAUUUGGUAUGCAAAUUACUGUACAUAUGUAUUAUAGGAAUGUUAGAACAACCAUUGUGAAAUGUUAGAACUGAAGAACUGAUUAUAUUUUUAAUUCAAUAUUUAACCUAUUUCUAUAUCUCUCUUAAUGUUUUCAUUUUUGAAAACCAAACAAACUCAUUUAUAUAUUUUCUGAAAGCUAAACAAAAUACUGUAAUAAUCAUUGCAGAAUAUUAG